CACACACACACACACACACACACAGAGCAGAGCUAAUGCAGGCGGUGAAAUUGCAGCUGAUUUCACCAUCACCACGCUUCCUUUCUCCAUGCGAGCUCACACACGCUGAUGAUGUCAUCACUGCAUCCUCAGCAUCCUCAGCUCCAUCAUCAUCACAGCCAUUUUGUGUUUCUGCUCUCUCCAUCCUCUCCUCCCUCCCUCCUCCCUCCUCCCUCCCUUCUUCUUCCUGAGCCCACCCCGAUUCCUGACGCACCACUGAGUACCAGGCCCCUGCAGACACACACACACACGCACACACUGUGACGCUGUGGCUAGAGGCUGAUGUGCUGAUCCAGGGAGAGGCUGAGACCCUACACACACACACACACACACAGGGUGAGGAAAACACGGCAGAUGAGGACGACAGGCUCAAUGGAAUAACAUCCAACACCAGAAGGCUCCCCGGGACUUUCACCAUCACGGAGAUUGGGUGGAACUCGGCCUGCGUUUCUCCUCCAGCUGCAGCUCUUUUCGUCUCUCAUCAUGGCCGGAGCCUCGGUGAAAGUGGCCGUCAGGGUUCGGCCCUUCAACUCCAGAGAGAUCAGCAAAGAUAGCAAGUGUAUUAUUCAGAUGUCAGGGAACACCACCACGAUCAUCAACCCUAAACAGCCGAAAGAGAACAAGAGCUUCAACUUCGACUAUUCGUACUGGUCUCACACAUCGCCGGAGGAUGUGAACUACGCCUGCCAGAAACAAGUCUACAAGGACAUCGGAGAGGAGAUGCUGCUUCACGCAUUCGAAGGCUACAACGUCUGCAUCUUCGCGUACGGCCAAACCGGGGCGGGAAAAUCCUACACCAUGAUGGGAAAACAGGAGAAAGACCAACAGGGCAUAAUACCUCUGCUGUGUGAAGACCUGUUCACCAAGAUUAAUGACAACGGAGACAACAACAUGUCCUACUCUGUGGAGGUCAGUUACAUGGAGAUCUACUGUGAGCGAGUCAGAGAUCUGCUGAACCCCAAGAAUAAAGGAAACCUGCGCGUGAGAGAGCAUCCGCUCAUGGGGCCGUACGUGGAAGAUCUGUCCAAGAUGGCCGUCACGUCCUACAACGACAUCCAGGACCUGAUGGACUCGGGUAACAAAGCCAGAACCGUAGCAGCUACCAACAUGAAUGAGACAAGCAGUCGCUCUCACGCCGUCUUUAACAUCAUCUUCACACAGAAACGCUUCGACAGUGACACGGACAACACGUCUGAAAAGGUCAGCAAAAUCAGCCUGGUGGACUUGGCAGGCAGCGAGAGAGCCGACUCAACCGGAGCCAAAGGCACCAGACUGAAGGAAGGAGCGAACAUUAAUAAAUCCCUGACCACUCUCGGAAAAGUCAUUUCUGCUUUAGCUGAAAUGGAUUCGUUACCAAACAAGAACAAGAAGAAGAAGAAGGUGGAAAGCUUCAUCCCCUACAGAGACUCUGUACUCACCUGGCUGCUCAGGGAGAACCUGGGUGGAAACUCGCGGACUGCCAUGGUAGCGGCUCUGAGUCCUGCAGAUAUUAACUAUGACGAGACUCUCAGCACACUCAGAUAUGCUGACCGUGCAAAACAGAUUCGUUGUAAUGCUGUCAUUAAUGAGGACCCCAACAACCGCUUGGUGCGUGAGCUGAAGGAGGAAGUGGCUCGUCUGAAGGACCUGCUGUACGCCCAAGGCCUCGGCGAUAUCAUCGAGACCUAUCGAGCUGCUGGUCCUGGAAUACCUGCUCUGAAAUUGACCAAUGCGAUGACAGGGAUGAGUCCUUCUCCCUCUCUCUCGGCUCUGUCCAGCCGAGCCGGAUCCAUCAGCAACUUACACGACCGGAUCAUAUUCACCCCCGGCAGUGAGGAAGCCAUCGAGAGGCUUAAGGAAACUGAGAAGAUCAUUGCAGAGCUCAAUGAGACAUGGGAGGAGAAACUAAGGCGCACUGAGGCCAUCAGGAUGGAGAGGGAGGCUCUUCUGGCUGAAAUGGGAGUGGCCAUGAGGGAAGAUGGAGGCACCGUCGGAGUGUUUUCACCCAAAAAGACACCUCAUCUGGUCAAUCUGAAUGAAGACCCACUGAUGUCCGAGUGUUUACUGUACUACAUCAAAGACGGGAUCACCAAGGUGGGCCGUGAGGAUGCUAGCUGUAGGCAAGACAUUGUCCUGAGUGGACACUUCAUUAAAGAAGAGCACUGCAUCUUCACAAGCAGCACUGGACCUUCAGGAGAGGGAGUAGUGGUACUGGAGCCGUGUGAAGAUGCGGAGAUGUACGUCAAUGGCAAGAGAGUGACUGAGCCCACAGUUCUCAGAUCAGGGAAUCGCAUCAUCAUGGGAAAGAGCCACGUUUUCCGAUUUAAUGACCCUGAACAGGCGAGGCAGGAACGGGAGCGGACGCCAUGUGCUGAGACGCCCAUGGAGCCUGUGGACUGGGCCUUUGCUCAGCGAGAGCUUCUGGAGAAACAGGGCAUAGAUAUGAAACAGGAGAUGGAGCAGAGACUCCAGGAGCUGGAGGAUCAGUACCGCAGAGAGCGAGAGGAGGCGAGCAACCUUCUGGAGCAGCAGAGACUAGACUAUGAGAGUAAGCUGGAGGCUCUUCAGAGACAGGUCGACUCACGAUAUUACCCAGAAACCACAGAAGAGGAAGAGGAACUGGAAGAGGAAGUGCCGUGGACUAAGCGGGAAACCGAGCUGGCACUCUGGGCUUUCCGGAAAUGGCGCUUCUACCAGUUCACCUCGCUGCGGGACCUGCUGUGGGGAAAUGCCAUUUUCCUCAAAGAGGCCAACGCCAUCAGCGUCGAGCUCAAGAAAAAGGUUCAGUUCCAGUUUGUGUUACUGACGGACACGCUUUAUUCUCCACUGCCUCCUGACCUCCUGCCUCCCAAUGUGGCUAAAGACCGGGAGAAGAGACCAUUCCCUCGCACUAUCGUAGCUGUGGAGGUGCAGGACCAGAAGAAUGGAGCCACUCAUUACUGGACCUUAGAAAAAUUAAGGCAGAGGCUGGACCUGAUGAGGGAGAUGUAUGAUCGAGCAGCUGAUAUUCCCAGCAGCACUGUGGAGGACUGUGACCACGCCCUGACCGGCGGUGACCCCUUCUAUGACCGCUUCCCCUGGUUCCGCCUGGUCGGGAGCACUCCCAUUCUGAAAACGUGCAUGAGCGAGCGCAUGAGAGACCCCUCCCCCUCCCCCACCCUCUCCGAGCCUGACUCGGAUGUAACCGAGCUCGCAGACGAGCGGCCUUAUGGGAAGGAGGAGGAGGAGGCGGAGUUGGAGGACCUGGACGAUGAGAUGAGUGUGGAGGAGGGCCGGCAGUGCCGAGGCCAGGACCCCUUUUACGACCGCUGGCCUCUGUUCUGUUUAGUGGGAAGGGCGUUUGUGUACCUCAGUAACCUGCUGUACCCCGUCCCUCUGGUGCAUCGUGUGGCCAUCGUGAGCGAGAAAGGCGAGGUGAAGGGCUUCCUCCGGGUCGCAGUGCAGGCCGUCUCAGCUGAUGAAGAAGCUCCAGAUUAUGGCUCAGGUGUCAGACAGUCAGGAACGGCUAAGAUCUCAUUUGAGGAUCAGCAGUUCGAGAAGUUUCAGACGGAGUCGUGUUCAGGGGGAAUGUCCCACUCCAACACGUCUCAGGAGGAACUGCGCAUUGUAGAGGGAGAAGGACAAAAUGCAGAGACGCUGAGUCUCUCAGCUGACGAGGUCAACAACAACACCUGCACCAUCACACCAGAUGUUCCUGGCAGUCCUCAGAAGGAAGGUGUGGAGGUCGGAGGUGACGCCGUACAGGAACAAACGCUUUCACACCUGAAGAUUGGAAGCUGCUUCACCUUCAGAGUCACUGUCCUGCAGGCGUCCAGUAUCUCUGCAGAGUACGCCGACAUCUUCUGCCAGUUCAACUUCAUCCACCGGCAUGACGAGGCCUUCUCCACAGAACCGCUGAAGAACACAGGCCGAGGACCGCCGCUGGGCUUCUACCACGUCCAGAAUAUCACGGUGGACGUGACCAAGUCGUUUGUGGAGUACAUUAAGACUCAGCCCAUAGUGUUCGAGGUUUUCGGACAUUACCAGAAGCAGCCAUUUCCUCCUCUGUGUAAGGACCUCAUCAGUCCUCUGCGUCCAUCAAGACGUCAGUUCCCUCGUGUCAUGCCUUUAUCCAAACCAGUUCCAGCGACUAAGUUGAGUGCGAUGGCUCGCUCCUCGGCCGGUCCGUGUCACUGUAAAUAUGACCUGAUGGUGUUCUUUGAGAUCUGUGAGCUGGAGGCGAAUGGCGACUACAUCCCGGCUGUGGUCGAUCACAGAGUGGGAAUGCCCUGCCACGGAACAUUCCUACUGCACCAGGGCAUCCAGAGGAGAAUCCGAGUGACCAUAGCUCACGAGACAGGAAGUGACAUCGAAUGGAAGGAAGUGAAGGAGCUCGUUAUCGGUCGAAUCCGUAACACACCUGAAGCUGACGAGACCAUCAUCGACCCCAACAUCCUGUCCCUCAACAUCCUCUCCUCCAACUACAUUAAACCUUCUUAUGAUGACAGCGUUUCUCUGGGAAUUGACCAUAGGACGUUCUAUCGCUUUGAGGUGGCGUGGGACAGCUCCAUGCACAACUCGCUGCUCCUGAACCGGGUCACGCCGUACGGAGAGAAGAUCUACAUCACGCUCUCGGCGUACCUGGCGAUGGAGCACUGCACCCAGCCUACAGUCAUCACCAAAGACUUCUGCAUGGUUUUCUACUCCAGAGAUGCCAAGCUUCCUGCCUCACGCUCCAUCAGGAACCUGUUCAGCACCGGAGCUCUCAGGCCACUGGAGAGUAAUCGUGUGACCGGAGUGUAUGAGCUCAGUCUGUGCCAUCUGGCAGAUGUUGGAAGUCCAGGAAUGCAGAGGAGGCGUCGGCGUGUGUUGGACACCUCGGUGGCGUAUGUUCGUGGUGAGGAGAACCUCGCUGGCUGGAGGCCUCGCAGUGACAGCCUCAUCCUGGACCAUCAGUGGGAGCUGGAGAAGCUCAGCCUCCUGCAGGAGGUGGAGAAGACGAGGCACUAUCUGCUGUUGAGAGAGAAACUGGAAGCGUCUGUGCUGAGUCAGGAGUCGCUCUGCAGUAAAGACCUGAUGGAGUCGCCUAAAUCUCUGAGUCCCACUCUGGCAGGCAGCCCUAUACUGGACUCCACCAAUGAGAGACAGAGGGAGCUGGCUGCCAAGUGUCUGCGACUGCUCAUGCACACCUUUGACAGGCAGUACAGCCAGGUGAGCAGCAGUGCCAGUGAGAGCAAGCUAUCGGAGAUGUCUGCGUCUCUGCUGAGAGACACGUCGUCCUCCGCUCUGAGUUCUCUCACUCCGUCCACUACCUGUCCUUCUCUGCUGGACGGUCACUAUGGAAACCUCGACCUCAGUGGUGCUGAGACUCACUCUGGAGCGUCCAGUCCAGAUUUGGACCCGUUCAGUCCUGAGGAGAGGAAACCUCGAACCUGUACCUUCGUCCCCAACAUCCAGGAGAUCCGAGUCAGCCCCAUCGUGUCUAAGAAAGGCUACCUGCACUUCCUGGAGCCCCACACCAGCGGCUGGGUGAAGCGUUACGUGGUGGUGCGGCGUCCAUACGUCUAUCUGUACCGCAGUGAGAGAGACAGUGUGGAGAGAGCCGUCAUUAACCUGUCCUCCGCCCAGGUGGAGUACAGCGAGGAGCAGCAUGGCCUCCUGAAGACCCCCAAUUCCUUUGCGGUGGUCACUGAGCAUCGUGGAAUCCUCCUGCAGGCCAGCAAUGAUAAAGAGAUGCACGACUGGCUUUAUGCCUUCAAUCCACUGCUGGCUGGAACCAUCAGGUCGAAACUCUCCAGGACGAAAUCCGCACAGAUGAGGAUGUGAAAGCAGCGGCGCUGAUCCUCCGUCUGAGAUUAAACACAGAAACUCCACACACUCCUGUGCUGUAAAUACUGGUGUGAAGAUAAUACUAGCCUGUGCCUGCCUGCCUCCCUCUCUACUGCCCCCUGCCUGUGUGUGUGUGAGAGUGAGAGAGUGUGUGUGUGUGUUUGUGUGAAUGUGUUUGUAUGUCAUUAGCAAAAGUCCUAAGUACUGUAACUCGCCGUAACCGCGUUAAAAAUCCCGCUUGUUAGUGAUAAUUAUGAUGAAAAAAAUUAGCACCAUACGAAACGCCUCUGUUUUAAAAUGUAAAGAGUUUAGCCGCUGUAAAUGCGACACAAUGCUGCAUAUUUGUGUGUGUGUGUGUGUGUGUGUGUGAGUGUGUGCUUCUGUAGGUUAGACGUGACGUGCUCUCGUUCCCUGAGCUUUCCUUGAGACUGUAGAGAAGUGAGUUCAUGUGAUCACUGAGCGAAUUUACAGUUUGUUUAUUUGUUUACAGAAUUUUUGUUUUCUGAUUUCCUUAAAUACGUUUAAAAAAAGCACUCAUAAGAUCCAUAACUCGGACACAAGCCAUGUCUCAUCACGGCUGAAAAAAACCCCAACUCAUGAUAUAAACUGUGUUCCAGGCAUAAAAGCGUAUAAUAAUUUUUUUUUUAAGUGGGUGGGGUUAAAAUUGAAUAUAUUAUCAAGAGGUAGAGUGGGUGUGGCUUGAGAUCCUAAUCAAUCCAGGAAAUCAGAUUUUCUUUAAUUGUGAAAACAUGAGGGAUUACGUCUGUUUAGAAAGACGUGAGGAGACGUCAACAUGUUCAUCAGCCCUGUUCGGACAGGAUGAGGUUCUCUGAGGGACGUCUGUAGUGAAACUGCUUUAUCUGCUGAUCUGGACGUCUCACGUUACUUUAAGUGUUUAUUUAUUUCGUUUAUUUAAAGUGUCAGAUGUUUAGAACGUUGUUUAUCUGCAUAUUCGUCCUUCACUUCACAUUGAAGACGUUAUUCUGUUCUUUCCGUGAAUCAGUUCGAUUUGCACUGAGGUGAUGUCUGAACCAUUCGUCUUUCUGAUGAUCCGCUCUUCGGGUUAAAUCUCUGAAAUCAGGGCAAUGGUUAGAGAGAGCCAUGCCGAGGGGGUGAGGUAGCGAGAGGAGAUCAGAUCAGCUGAAAAUAUGCUGCUUAGAUGAUUAGAAAUAUAUUUAUUACACUGAAUAUUAUAUACAAUAAUCUGAUUGAAUGUUAUAUAUGAAAUGAGAGACAAAAAAAAUUCCCCUGAUGAAAAAAUCGCGUCUUUCCGACGUCGUAACAUUUGGGUGUGUAGCGGCGGUCGGUGGUGUGUAAUGGUGGUUUGGGGGUGUGUAAUGGCGGUUUGGGGGUGUGUAAUGGUGGUUUGGGGGUGUGUAAUGGUGGUUUGGGGGUGUGUUACGGCAGUUGGUGGUGUGUAAUGGUGGUUUGGGGGUGUGUAACGGCAGUCAAUGGUGUGUAACGGCGGUUUGGGGGUGUGUAAUGGCAGUCAGUGGUGUGUAACGGCGGUUUGGGGGUGUGUAACGGCGGUCGGUGGUGUGUAAUGGUGGUUUGGGGGUGUGUAAUGGUGGUUUGGGGGUGUGUAGCGGCGGUCGGUGGUGUGUAAUGGCUGUUUGGGGGUGUGUAACGGCAGUCAGUGGUGUGUAACGGCGGUUUGGGGGUGUGUAACGGCGGUUUGGGGGUGUGUAAUGGCGGUUUGGGGGUGUGUAACGGCAGUCAGUGGUGUGUAAUGGCAGUUUGGGGGUGUGUAACGGCAGUCAGUGGUGUGUAAUGGUGGUUUGGGGGUGUGUAACGGCAGUCAGUGGUGUGUAAUGGCGGUUUGGGGGUGUGUAACGGCGGUUUGGGGGUGUGUAAUGGCGUUUUGGGGGUGUGUUACGCAGUUGGUGGUGUGUAAUGGCGGUUUGGGGGGGGUGUAACGGCAGUUUGGGGGGUGUGUAACGGCGGUUUGGGGGUGUGUAACGGCAGUCAGUGGUGUGUAACGGCGGUUUGGGAGUGUGUAACGGCAGUCAGUGGUGUGUAACGGCGGUUUGGGAGUGUGUAACGGCAGUCAGUGGUGUGUAACGGCGGUUUGGGAGUGUGUAACGGCAGUCGGUGGUGUGUAAUGGUGGUUUGCUCAAAUUUCGCCUUCCUCAUGGUUCCGUACUGUAUUUUUGACUUUGACCCUACCCUCAGUCAAAGAACUGGAAACUUCCUGUUGGUGAUAUUUGAAGAAGAAAACUGCUGAUCCUUUUGGAAUCUGAUGGAAACCUGUAAGCCGAUUCCUAGAAUUUGGACUGUUUUUAGAGUUUAAAAAUGUAUGAGUCUGAAAAUGUAAUUAUUACGUAGAAACACGCAGAGCAGGAAGUGAUGUGAGUUGAGGAUGUGGACUGAAGUAAAACCUGCUGGUGUGUGUGUGUGUGUGUGUGUGUACACUAUGUGUGUGGUGUAGGUGGGAAUUGAUCAGUCAGUCAUUCUCCACCACUGUAUAUAUGUUUCUGUGUGUAAUCACAGAGUCUGAAGCAUCAAAUCCAUCACAGAAUUCUCUGAAGUGUGAAGUUUCCUCUCCCAGCCUGCGCUAGUCACCUCAGUAAACCGGCUAGUCAUGAGCUAGCAACAUAACCACUAAGCUAAACACUCAUUUCCUUACCAAACACAGAGGAGGUCAUGUGACCGAACAGUUCAUAUUCUUUUCAUUUGUUUAAAUGAACAGUUAGCAUGAAAUCUGGCUUGGGAAUCUAGCUUGAAUGCUAAGCAAGCAGUGUUUUUGCUAGCUAAAGAACAGUUCUGAUAGUGUGAGAAGGUUAGCCAGAUAAUUGCUCUAUAAAUGUGAACUAGCUUGUUAGCUUAGACUGCCGAGUCAUUCUUGAUUAGCUAAUACAUCAUUAUUAUUAUUAUUAUUAUUAUUAUUAUUAUUAUUAUUAUUAUUACACUUAAUGAAUGGAAAAGAAGCUGCAUGUGUAACAGCGCUAGCUGAUGACUAGCUAGUAUUUCUGACUAGCCUGUUAAUUUUAAUAGGUUUUUUUCACAUCAUAUGAUUGUUUAUGGCACACUAGAGACUCAUAUUUAGCACUUAUUUCGAUUUUUAAGCAAAUUAUUCCGUUUAUUCUCUUCAUUCAGACUGGUGUUUGGUGUCUUCAUGACUCUGUUAGAAUAAAUAAAAAUAAUUAAAAAAUAAUUUAAAAAAAAUGUGUAUAAAAUGUGUUUUGGGUCAGCCAACCCACAGAGCACGAAAAAUAAAAAAAUAUUUUAAAAAAAUAAAUAAAACUUAAAAAAUAAAAUACACACACACACAUGCAGGUUUUAAAGCAGUUCAAAUGUUUCUGAGGCUUCUGUCAGGACUCUUUGACGUGGUUUUUUUGUCUUCAGCAUGUUUUUAUUCAAAAGUAAGCUAUAAAAUAAGUCCAGUAAUAAAAGUACAUGAAGGGUUUCCAGUUUGUUAGACUCCCAGUCUGUUAGAUUCCCAGUCUGUAAAAUUCGUAGGUCUGCAAGAUUCCCAGUUCGGUGAGAUUCCGGCAGUGCGUCUUGGUGCUCAGCUGCUCCUUUCUUCUUGGUUUCCAGUCUGUAAAAUUCCCAGUUCGGUGAGAUUCCCAGUUCAGUGAGAUUCCGGCGGUGCGUCUCGGUGCUCAGCUGCUCGUCUGUUCGUCUCUUUCGUGUCUCUUUGCCAGUGUCUGUGGCAGCAUGCUGUAUAUAACGACUCACCUGCCUACAGUAUAUCAGUAGCAUUUACACAAUAAACACACUAGCUGUAUUAUUUUGGUCCGAGAUAAAGACCCUGACGUCUGCUCUACCUUCCUCCUCCUCCUCUUCCUCUUCCUCCUCCUCCUCCUCCUCCCUCUCACACACUCAUCCCUCCUCCUCCUCCUCCUCUUCAUGCUGUAUAUAUAAACCAGUCCCGGCACACAGGUGUAACCUCUUUGUACCCUUACUGGAUAAAGCGUAGUGUACUUAGUGCUGAAAAAGUGUUGGACUCGUGUCUCUGAUGUCUGUGGACACUUAACACUUUGUUGGACGUGAAAUAAAUGUGCAACACUCCGUCA